UAAGCUCGGUAUUCCAUUGGCUGUAGACAUUCAACGCUUUGUGCUUAAACAAUAAACAUAUCCUUUCUGGACCUACAACUAUGAACCAAAUUAUUGCUUUGCUCGGUUUCGCGGUGAUAGCUGGGAUUGUCUCUGCGAGCUACGAUGAAGAUCACGGGACCUCCACCUACGAAGAAAAGACGAAGCCAGUAGAAAUUCCAAUUUACAAGAAAUAUGCAAUUCCAAUCCCUCAUCCGGUGCCAGUCGAAAUCCCCCAGAAGAUAGAAAUUCCAAUUCCCCAACCGCAACACGUUCCCAUCGAAAUUCCACACCCUUAUCCGGUUGAAGUCGUAAAACACGUCGAAAUCCCUAUCGAAAAGCCAGAGCCCGUUGUCGUUGAGAAGCACGUACCUUUUGUGGUGGAGAAGCCGUAUCCAGUGUACGUCGAAAAGAAAUUUCCCAUUCCAGUCGCCAAGCCGUAUCCAGUUCAUGUGCCAGUUUACAAGCACGUAUUCCAUUACACUUCGAAGGGCAAAGGAUGGCACUAAGUUGAUUCGCUCGCUGCUGAACACUUGGGAAUUGUUCCUCGUCGGAUUGAUCGUUUUACGAGAAAGCUGCUUCUCACCUGAAAUCUAAACUUAUUCCAUUCAGUGAAUAAUCGUUUAGGUUACCCCGCAAUGGAUACUAAGAAAAAGGGACACGAGACUCGAAUCUUGACUUGUUAGUGUUUAAUGUUGCCUUUGUUACAAAAUUUGUUAAGUUUCCCAACUCUCUGCCAACUCUUUGUUAAUAAACCAUAUUUGAAAAAUA